AUGGAAGUAAAUGCUUUCCUUUUCCGGGUUCCCUGUCCGAACGCUCGCCGCCGCAUUCUUAAGCAAUGCCUCUGGCAAGUAGACGGCCAAACAAUGUUCGUCGCAAAGUGGUCACCAGGGAUUACGCCUGAGAAGCCAUCUUUGGCGUCUGUUCCUGUUUGGUUGGACUUUGUUGGGGUCCCUCUGCAGUUCUUCAACAGAGACGCCCUUAAGGAAAUUGCAGGUCUUGUUGGUCACCCAAUUUGCUUGCACCCCUCCACUGAAAACCUUACAAACCUGGAGGUAGCUAAGGUCUACACUGUCAUAGACCCACGGAAGCCACUACCAGAAGCGGUGAACGCCCGUUUUGAGUCAGGGGAGGUGAUUCGUAUAACAGUAUCUUGUCCCUGGUUGCCGUCUCUUUGUUCUCACUGUUCUCAAGUGGGUCAUACGAUCUCGAAAUGCCCUGCUGCUCCGCCACGGUGUGAAAUUUGCCGCUCAGUCAAACAUGCUACUUCAUCUUGCACUAGGACGAAUGCAAAUUUAGACCUCUCCAGGAUAAAUACUGACAAGCGCAAAGGUAAAGCUCCAAUCAAGAGCCAACUACCAAUCGUUGGUAUUGGGAAUAGUGACAUUAGGCGUGUUGGGAAUGCUCCUAAAACUGCUCCCAAAACCGCUUCCAAACCCAAGAAGGUGCCAACCAAGGAGUGGGUUCCUACUGAUAGCAAUAAACAAGACCUUCCUCGUACCAGUGGUCUCCCGGUGAUUGCUCAAAGUUCCAAGGUUCCUACCGACACAGGCUCUACUCCAACCUUCAAGAAAAAUAUUUCUGGUUCUAGAAAUGAUAUUGCUCUGGGGGAUUUCAUGGUGGACCUGCACUGUGGUGGUUUAGGAAGUCUAGCCAAGUCCCCUGCCGUAUCCAGCUCUGAUGAGGAUGACCAGAGUUCAGAGGGCUUGUCUAACGAGGAUGAUGACCCGGAUGAUGAAGGAGAUCAGUAUAUUCAGGUGAUUUCUCGUUGCUCUCGUAAGAAGAAUAAAGGAAAUGCUAGGGUCAGGGGCCCUUUAAAGCUCUGA